UUUCCAUCUUUUAUGCAUGACCCUGCCAGGACAGAGACUGAUGGACCACAGCUUAAAUGUGUUCAAUAGCGUUUCUAGGUCGCAGUGGUACACAUUUUCGUUAAAAACCAAGAAAGUGCUGCGGAUAUUGCUUUACAGAAGUAUUGUGCCGUGCACAUUGACUGCCGGUAAACUGUACGUGAUGUCAAUGGCCAAUUAUAGUUCGGUGGUGCAGACUGCUAUGUCUUACUUUACGACAUUCUCUUCUCUGAAAUAG